CACAAGCAUCUGGUGAACACGUGGGUGUCUGAAGAGCCUGGGCAUGCAAAGCCAAAGGAUUUGCCAUACAAGCUGGAAAGUCUAGCAAGUGAACACCCACAGCCUGCGAGAGUGUUAACAGUUGAUAUCUAUCUUAGAAAAACAGACGAACUCCUUAAUGAACCCGUGACUGUUAUAUCGGAAGAAAACUGUGGUGACUCAGACACAAUGGAUAAGAAAUCUUCUAGUAAAAGAUCUGGGAAAAGGAGAAAAUCUCAGUCAUCUAGUGACAUUCCAAAUGGAGAGAGAAACCAGACUGAGAAUACUGCAAGAGAAGAUUCUGUUUUUGAGGAUGAUGCAUCUUCUGAGGGGUUUCCAGACAAGGUAAUAACCUCAGAAAGAAAACUGAAGUCUCCUCAACAGACUCCUGAACGGAAUUCCUUUUCUUCAAGUAAUAAUCCAGACCUAAAAGCUCACAAAGGCACGUCCAAGACUGAAGCUGACAAAGGUAAACAACAAGCUUCAACCACAACCCCUGCAAGAAGAAGAUCUUAUAAAAAGAAUCAGUUGGAUGCUGUUCCUACUUCCCCCACUGGUUUGAAGAGUCAGAUGAAAGAUUAUUCUUCAAAAAG